AUGCCCUGUGAUGGCGUCCCGGCACGAAGACUGGCUACUGAGUUUGAGCUCAUGCUGGAUCAUGCAGAGGAGGAGGAGGAGGCAUCACCGGCAACUGCAGUGACGCCCAACUUCCCAGUCCUCAUGGAGUUACCUCGACUGACAUUCUUCCAUUCUGAUGAUGAAGACGAGGACUUCAACAGCCAGGGAGUGAGGACUUGA